AUGGAGAAUAAAGAUGUUGUAGUAAUGAUGUGUAAUUAUGGGUUUAGAGAUAUGACAUUGAAUUUAAUCAAGAGUAUCUCGCAACAAGACCGAGAUGAUAGUACUGCUAUCAUUAGACCGGUUGAUUGGAAUAGCAAAUAUCUAUUGUUUGCAUUGGAUGACAAGUCACAUCAAUUCUUUAGACGAAACAAUAUACCAAGUAUCAACUUUAAGAGACAAACUAUCAAUCUGUGCUUUCAACAUUGUCAACCGUUUACUAGCUAUUGUACAGAGUGCAACCGAUCAGUAUGUGCAACUUGUGGUGACCAUAAUCAACACAGUACAAAUGUAGUAGUAUCGUCGGAAACAACAUCAUCAUCGAACCUUGGAGAUCAGUACAAUCAAAUUGGUGAGAAUGAAGAGAUCAAUCAAACUCAAAAACCAUUGGAAACCAACAACAAUGAAGGUGUGUAUGGAGAAGAGAGUGAAUCGUAUGGUGGUGUUGGAUUCAGAGCAAUAUGUAAUGAAAAACCAUUGGUCGUAUUGGAUGUAUUGAAACGAGGUUAUAAUGUAUUGUGGACAGACACUGAUAUCGUUUGGAUGGCCGACCCGUUAAAAUACAUCUUACAAUUGGACCUCUCAUUCAACGGUCUAUCGGAUCUAAUCAUUCAACAGGAUGACGAUGAUGUUUGUGCUGGAUUCUAUUACAUCAAAUCAAAUCCAAAGACUAUAAAGUAUAUGGAGACUGUCAUUUCAUUCUUGAAUCCAGUGGUUGACGAUCAAAUUGCAAUGAGACUCUUUCUCAAGGGCAAUGCAAUCAAUCUACAACAACAUCCAGAUACCAAAGACAAAGAUCAAAUCAAAUAUUUGAAAUUGGAUCGUGCUCUAUUCCCAAAUGGAACAGCAUACUUUAAUCUAAAGCUAUCGCAUCGUCGCAAUGUAUCACCCAUCAUCAUUCACAAUAAUUGUAUCAUUGGUCAUCGAUCUAAAAAGGAUAGAUUCAUUGAUUACAAUCUUUGGUUUGUAAAAGAUUAUCAAGUAGAUUAUAAAGAAAUAUUUAAAUUACCACCAAAAAAAGAAAAAGAUGGUUCAAAAGAAAAAGAACAAGAAGAAGAAGAAAUUGUACACAAUCCAAAACCAAUCAAAAUAUUUAAAGCUCAUUUUGAUAUUGUAACUUGUGUAUCUUCUUUUAAUAAUUUUUUAUUUUCAACUUCAAUUGAUAAAUCAAUUAAAAUUUGGGAUUUAAAUGAAGGAAAACUAUUAAAAUCAAAAUAUAUUCAUAAAAGAGGAGCUGUUUGGGGAUUAAUUAUAACAAAUCAAAUUGGUCAACGAGACAUUGAAUCGAUGUCGUCUUCAUAUAAAAUUAUAACAGCAUCACAUGACAAGACAGUACAAAUAUGGGAUGAUAAAUUUAAUUCAAUUCAAACAUUUGGUGGACACUAUGAAGUAAUUAAUUGUAUUCAAUUGGUGGAUGGUGGAAAUGAUCAUCCGACCUAUUUAAUUACAGGAUCGGACGAUCAUACGAUUAGAGUUUGCUCUGUCACUGAUAGCACAUUCAAGAGAGUGUUUUUAGGUCAUUCUGGAUGGGUGUCAUCAUUGGCUUUUCACAACAACGUCUUGUAUUCAUCGUCGAGUGAUGAAUCGAUUAGAUGUUGGGAUUUUACAAGUGGUCGUUGUCAAAAUAUCAUUAGAGCACAACAAGGUUGGGUUAGAUCGAUUAUCCUCUCUCAAGACAAUAGUCGUCUCAUCAGUGGUGGAAACGACGGUUCCAUUAAAUUCUGGAAUCUCGCCACCAACGAGUGUGAACGUACCAUUGACUUGGUCACUGACAAGUCAUCUGUAUCCAAUCUACUCCUUUUCAACAAUGUCUUGUAUGCCACAUUUGACAAUGGUUCACUUCAAUGUUUUAAUGCAUUCAAUGGUGAAUACAUCACAGAGUAUGAAGGUCAUCCAGGUGUUCCCAUCAAUACUCUAUAUCUUCACAAUGACAUUAACAAUCCAUUAAUCAUUACUGGUGCAUUUGAUAAAUUAAUUAAAUCUUGGAAACCAAUUACCAUUGUAGCAGCCAACCAAUAA